AAGUAGUAGAAGAAGAAGCACUUCAUGUAGGUGUUUACGUUUUCCCACUUCCGUAGCUUCUUCCUAAAGCGGAACAACGUCACUAAUCUACCGUUAAAUUACCAAAUUUGAGAAGAAACCCUCGGUCAUGUUUCUCUUUUUUUAACUUAAGUAUGAGAGAUGCCUGACAGAUAAGUAUCGUUGAGGUCGUUUGCGGUCCACUACAGGCGCUGUAUCGCGAGUUUUCCUCAUCUUCCAUCGCGGACUAAAGCUAAAGCUAAAGCUAGCCGUGUUAGUAGCUGGUCAGCGGCAGUUGACAUCCUUUUAAUAAAUCACCUGAUCCGCAUUUAAUCCAGUUUUAAUUGAUAUAUCAAACAAGGCAGUCAUGGCCACUAGGCGUCUGACCGAUGCCUUCUUGUUAAUGCGGAACAAUGCGAUCCAAAACCGGCAGAUAUUGGCUGAGCAAGUGAGUACAUACGACCCCCGUCUGAGUACACGUAGCAAUGCUGCGGAGCUUGAUGAGCUGGCUGAUGAUCGAAUGGCCCUGGUGUCGGGAAUCAGUCUGGAUCCUGAAGCGGCCAUUGGAGUCACAAAGAAACUGCCCCCCAAAUGGAUAGAGGAGGUUGAUGAGAUCCAGUAUGAAAUCACACGGGUUCGGCAAAAGAUGAAGGACCUGGCCGUACUACACGACAAGCAUAUGAACCGACCCACACUUGAUGACAGUAGUGAGGAAGAGCAUGCCAUAGAAAUCACUACUCAGGAGAUUACACAGAUGUUUCAUCGAUGCCAGCGAGCUGUGACGAGCUUGCAGUCUCGUUGCGGUCACUGUACCGAGCAGGAGGAGAGGCUGUUGAGGAACGUGGUGUCGUCCCUGGCUCAGAGCCUGCAGGAGCUGUCCACCAAUUUCAGGCACACACAGUCCGGCUACCUAAAACGUAUGAAGAAUCGGGAGGAGAGAUCAAAGCACUUUUUUGACUCUGGUCCCUUAAUGGAAGAGGAUGAAGAAUUAGCUGUAUAUGACAAGGGUUUCACAGACGACCAGCUGAUGCUGGUGGAGGAGAACACUGUUAUGGUGGAAGAACGAGAGCGGGAGAUCCGACAGAUCGUGCAGUCCAUCUCAGAUCUGAAUGAGAUUUUCAGGGACUUGGCUGGAAUGGUGGUGGAACAGGGGACCGUUCUUGACAGAAUUGACUUCAACGUGGAGCAGGCUUGUGUGAAAACAGAAGAUGGAAUGAAACAGUUACAAAAGGCAGAACAGUACCAGAAGAAGAACAGAAAGAUGCUGGUCAUUUUGAUCCUCUUUGUCAUAGUCCUCGUUCUAAUUUUUAUUCUUUUUGCAACAAAGUUUUAAUCAUGCAUUCCUCUGGCUCUUGUUUUCUGUGUGGGUGUUUGUCGUGCGUCUGUGUGGACUUGGUCUCGGUUCUACCCAAAACAAAGCUAACUGCCUUUUCAUACCAGGAAAUGUUGAGAAUAAUUCCUCGUCCCGUUGCAGGUGCACUUUGGGCAGCUUGGAGAAGUUUUGUGGUUGAUUUUGAUGAAAGAAAAAAAUCAACAAUCCGUCUGAGCUGUGGCUAUUUUAUCACGUGACUGGCGCCCAAAUAGCCAAGCCGAACCUCACUAUGUUGACAUAUGUACUUGUCUUAACAAAAGAAAAACACUUUGUGGUGUAUACAAAUGGACUACCACUGUCUAAAUGCUAAAGCAGAGUGUUUUCUGCUUGAACUCAAAGCAUGAAUUGUGACAUUUGUUGUGUGACAAUGCAUCAUUUCCACCAAGUAUCAUUGCAAACAUGUUGAUUCUGUGAGAAAGAUGUGACAAGAACGAAUGUUUGUGAAAGAGAAAUAUGCAGUAGAUCUCAUCUCAAACUGAUUUACAUUCCUCCAUUACAUCUUUGUCCCGGCUCAGUAUUUUACCUUGACAGGCUAAAAUAAAAUGUUUUGUAUGACGACAGUACCAGAUAUGAUUAGAAUAAUCAUUUAGUACCAAAAAUAUUCCUUUGGUUUAAGGACCACCUUUUUUUUUUUGUAUCCCUUUACUGCACAAUUUAAAGAUAAUAUUGAGAUCAUCGUUACUCAAUUAUCAGCCUCAGGAGUUGGUAGAAGGUCAUGAACUUUCUCCAAUUCAUCCUGUAAUUCUAAAAUCAUACCUGUGUCACACCUGCUGCACUUUUCAUGAAGUGCUCAUUUGUUUGUUUCUAGGUCCUUGGAGCUUAAAGUGCUACCUUUUUUAACUCUUGCAGUUUGCACAUAUUGAGGGCCUGGGGGGGGGGGUGGUGGUUGUGUUAUCGAUGUAAUACUACUGUCAUCUGUAUGAUGAAAAUAAUUAUUUAUUUUUCAAUAGCUUCAAAUAAUCAAGAGGUUCUGUCUCUGGCAGAAGUACUGUAUAUUGAUUCAAGUGUAUCUGUAUUCUCAACCCAACGGUUAUUGUCCACUCUGAGGAAGCAGACGUAUGAAGACAACAUUUUUAUUUUAUUUUCAGAUUGGACACUUUACAUUUUAUUUGGAGCUUCUUUACGUGUUCUUGUGUUCUAUAAAGACUGACGAGCGGAAAUUAAGAGCUUUAUUUAACAUAUCUGUACUGGACUCUAUACACCUGUUAAAUCAUCUUUGUCAUUGAUGUAGAGUUAUGUGUGAAAAAUAAUUGUCAUUGUACUUAAGUUUUGUUUUCUGAACAAAACGGGUGACGAGACAGCAACUUUUUCUUUCUUUCUUUUUUUAAAUAAACCUGGAACAUGG